AUGGCGUCCCUGCUACCCAGCCGGACCUUGCCCUUGACCCUGGUCCUGAUGGUUACCCUGGCCCCAGGGGCUGCAGUCUUCAACAUCUCCGGCCUCUCCGGCCUGCUGGCCCCGGCGCUCACCGAGAGCCUGCUGGUUGCCUUGCCCCCCUGCCACCUCACAGGGGGCAACGCCACCCUGACGGUCCGCAGAGCCAAUGACAGCACAGUGCUGACGCGUGGCUUCGUGGUGCCGGCCUGCCGAGGGCGAAGGGAGCUGGUGAGCGUGGUGGACAGUGGGGCUGGCUUCACCGUCACCCGGCUUAGCGCCUACCAGGUGACAGGCCUCGCACCCGGAACCAAAUACUACGUCUCCUACCGGGUGCGGAAGGGGGCGGCCACCGAGUCCAGCCGAGAGGUCCCCGUGUCCACCCUUCCUCGACGCGAGGCGGCCUCCAUCGGGCUGGGGAUGGCCCGCACAGGGGGCAUGGUGGUCAUCACGGUGCUGCUCUCCGUCGCCAUGUUCCUGCUGGUCCUGGGCCUCAUCGUGGCCCUGGCACUGGGCGCCCGGAAGUAG